CGCUAGCAGCUCAGCUGUUACGGCGACUUGUGCAACAACAUUGAACGUGCAUUGAGAAGUGUUUUCUUUUAACCGUUCAUCAAUUAGCUAAACACAAUAUGCAGUUGACUUUAAUCAAUUUCUUUAAGAAAACUGUGCCCGGCCAUAUAUUCCGUGGCAAGCGACGUCUGGUCAAGCCGGUGAGCAAGCGCUCAAUGGACACGCUGACCCGCGAAUACGAAAGACAGGAGCAGAUCAUGUUCCUGUUGCGGCAUCCUUACCUCACACUGGAGCAAUCGUCGGGCCAUGCAAAGGAGCUGCAAAAACGCGAAAAGCUCGUGGCCAAGUGGACAGACGAACAAACGCGCAGCAAAAUGAAGCCGCAUGUGACCAUCGAGGAGCGCUUGCAACAUCUGCGCGUGAAGGAGGCCUGGGAUUAGUUUAACAUCUUGUAUUACACAAAAACCAUUGCAAGUUAUAGAAUAAAUGUUAUGCUCUAGAAACUUAUAUAAAUGCGGCCGUUGACAAAAAAUACAGAUUAUUGCCUAUA